GCCUUAGAGAGGCGGGGGCUCCUGCAGGUCGGCCCGGGCUGGAAACACCGCGGAAGGAAGGAUCUUCUUUCCCUCGAGUCUCUAGCUGCAGUGUUGAUACCUCCCUAGAGGGCUGCUUUCCUGUGUGGCGGUGUGAUGAUUUAAGGACCACAGUGCAGCAAUGGAUAGUGAACCAAACCCUGGAACAUCUUCUGUGUCGACAACAACCAGUAGCACCACUACCACCACCAUCACCACUUCUUCCUCUCGAAUGCAACAACCACAGAUCUCUGUCUACAGUGGUUCAGACCGACAUGCUGUACAGGUAAUUCAGCAGGCAUUGCAUCGCCCGCCUAGCUCAGCUGCUCAAUACCUUCAGCAGAUGUACGCAGCCCAACAGCAGCACUUGAUGCUGCACACAGCAGCUCUCCAGCAGCAGCACCUGAGCAGCUCCCAGCUUCAGAGCCUUGCUGCCGUUCAGGCAAGUUUGUCCAGUGGAAGACCACCUACAUCCCCCACAGGAAGUGUCACACAACAGUCAAGUAUGUCCCAGACAUCUAUCAACCUCUCCACUUCUCCUACACCUGCACAGUUAAUAAGCCGUUCCCAGGCUUCCAGUUCUACCAGCGGCAGUAUUACCCAACAGACUAUGUUACUAGGGAGUACCUCCCCUACCCUAACGGCAAGCCAAGCUCAAAUGUAUCUCCGAGCUCAAAUGCUGAUUUUCACACCUGCUACCACUGUGGCUGCUGUACAGUCUGACAUUCCUGUUGUCUCGUCGUCAUCGUCAUCUUCCUGUCAGUCUGCAGCUACUCAGGUUCAGAAUUUAACAUUGCGCAGCCAGAAGUUGGGUGUAUUAUCUAGCUCACAGAAUGGUCCACCAAAAAGCACUAGUCAAACUCAGUCAUUGACAAUUUGUCAUAACAAAACAACAGUGACCAGUUCUAAAAUCAGCCAACGAGACCCUUCUCCAGAAAGUAAUAAGAAAGGAGAAAGUCCAAGUCUGGAAUCACGAAGCACAGCUGUCACCCGGACAUCAAGUAUUCACCAGUUAAUAGCACCAGCUUCAUAUCCUCCAGUUCAACCUCAUCCUCUAAUCAAACAUCAGCAGAUCCCUGUUCACUCAGCACCGCCCAGGGUCGCCCAUCAUCAGCUGGUACUGCAGCCCCAGACUCAGCUGCCGGUCACACUUCCGGGCUUGGCCCAGGACCCUCCCCCACCUCAGCAUUGCCUUCCGCUCCCUAACCAUGGCCUUCCCGCUGGGGCUGCCCAGCCACAGCACUGUUCCCCGAUUCAGAGUCAUGCUCCUCCUUUAACAGUGUCCCCAAGCCAGUCACAGUCAGCACAGCAGUCGGUAGUGGUGUCCCCUCCACCGCCUCAUUCACCAAGUCAGUCUCCUACUAUAAUUAUUCACCCACAAGCCCUUAUUCAGCCACACUCUCUUGUGUCACCGGCUCUUCAGUCAGGGCCAAACUUGCAGCAGUCCACUGCUAACCAGGUGCAGCCUUCACCUCAGCUGAGUCUUCCAUCCCAUCUUCCACUUACAGCUUCCCCUGUUGUACACCUUGGCCCAGUGCAGCAGUCUGCCUUGGUGUCCCCAGGUCAGCAGAUUGUGUCUCCAACAUCACACCAGCAAUAUUCAACCCUGCAGUCCUCUCCAAUCCCAAUUGCAACUCCUCCGCAGAUGUCAACAUCUCCUCCAGCUCAGAUUCCACCACUGCCCUUGCAGUCUAUGCAGUCUUUACAAGUGCAGCCUGAAAUUCUGUCCCAGGGUCAGGUUUUGGUGCAGAAUGCUUUGGUGUCAGAAGAGGAGCUUCCAGCUGCAGAAGCUUUGGUCCAGUUACCAUUUCAGACUCUUCCUCCUCCACAGACUGUUGCAGUAAACCUGCAAGUACAACCACCAGCACCUGUUGAUCCGCCAGUGGGAAUGCAUUUGAACCAGUGUCAUCUGCACAAAGUUUUUUCUCUUAAGGUCUAUCAAGUAGAAGAUAUGUGUGAAGAGGAAAUGCCCGGAGAACCAGAUGAAUGUGUCCGGAUGGACAGAACCCCACCGCCCCCUACACUGUCUCCAGCAGCUGUAACUGUGGGGAGAGGGGAGGAUUUAACUUCUGAACAUCCUCUGUUAGAGCAAGUGGAUUUACCUGCUGUGGCAUCAGUCAGUGCUUCAGUAAUUAAAUCUCCAUCUGAUCCUUCACAUGUUUCUGUUCCUCCACCUCCACUCCUACUACCAGCUGCUACCACAAGGAGUAGUAGUACAUCUAUGCCCAGUAGCAUUCCCAAUAUAGAAAACAAACCUCCACAGGCUAUUGUUAAACCACAGAUUUUAACCCAUGUUAUUGAAGGCUUUGUGAUUCAGGAAGGAUUGGAGCCAUUUCCUGUGAGUCGUUCAUCUUUGCUGAUAGAACAGCCUGUGAAAAAAAGGCCUCUUUUGGAUAAUCAGGUGAUAAAUUCUGUGUGUGUUCAGCCAGAGCUACAGAAUAAUACAAAGCAUGCAGAUAAUUCAUCUGACACAGAAAUGGAAGACAUGAUUGCUGAAGAUACAUUAGAAGAAAUGGACAGUGAGUUACUCAAGUGUGAAUUCUGUGGGAAGAUGGGAUAUGCCAAUGAAUUUUUGCGUUCAAAACGAUUCUGCACUAUGUCAUGUGCCAAAAGGUACAAUGUUAGCUGUUCUAAAAAAUUUGCACUUAGUCGUUGGAAUCGUAAGCCUGAUAAUCAAAGUCUUGGGCAUCGCGGCCGACGUCCAAGUGGCCCAGAUGGGGCAGCAAGAGAACAUAUCCUUAGGCAGCUUCCAAUUACUUAUCCAUCUGCAGAAGAAGACUUGGCUUCUCAUGAAGAUUCUGUUCCAUCUGCUAUGACAACACGUCUGCGCAGGCAGAGUGAGCGGGAAAGAGAACGGGAGCUUCGAGAUGUGAGAAUUAGGAAAAUGCCUGAGAACACUGAUCUGCUACCAGUUGCACAAACAGAGCCAUCUAUAUGGACAGUUGAUGACGUCUGGGCCUUCAUCCAUUCCUUGCCUGGCUGCCAGGAUAUCGCAGAUGAGUUCAGAGCACAGGAGAUUGACGGACAGGCCCUUCUCUUGCUAAAAGAAGACCAUCUUAUGAGUGCAAUGAAUAUCAAGCUAGGCCCAGCCCUAAAGAUCUGUGCACGCAUCAACUCUCUGAAGGAAUCGUAACCGUAUCAUGAAGCUUUCAGAUAACAGCAGUUUUUCUCUUAAACUUGUAAGGUAAAGGCUCAAGUUGGCCUCAAAUAUUAUCACUUAUUGUGGUGGAUACCCAAGCACACUGAGAUCGCCACAUCAAACGCUGACAUUUCUUCUACAGAGUAACAAUUCAUUAUAGAUUUUUGUAAUUAGCCAACAUUGGUGAAAUUAAUUUUAGAGGUUACAUGUAACAUUGAAAGCCUUGUUAUAGAGGGCCACGAUAUUUUUCAAAGAAAUGUGUUAUACUAAAUUUUUUUAAAGGUGAUGUUUAUCAUUAAUAUAAAGGAUCCUUUUAAAAGUAAUUUAAUGAUUUACAUUUUUCCUCAUUUAAUUCGGUUUUCUUACACGCUUUUCUACCCUGUAAGUUUUCUUAGGGUGUCAUGAGAGAGAUAAUUAAGGAGUCCAGCGGCUAGAAUAGUAUGUGAGGUAUCAAUGUGCAUUUUUUGAAAAACUUGUCUGUAGACAAUUGCUCUGUCUAUAAAAAGGAUUGUCCUCUAGCAUGAAUAAUACUGAUCUGAAGUCAGAAGAGUUGGUUUCUAUUCCAAACUUGACCAAGAAUUUAGUGUGACUGAGAAAGUUAGUUUUUCUCUUACUUUUUAUACAUUUUAGAGCAGUGGUUAUCAAAUUAAAGUCAGAUUUGCUCCCCAGGGGACAUUUGGCAAUAUCUAGGGACAGUUUGGCUGUCAUAGCUUGGGGGUAGGGUUGCUGUUGGUGUCUAGUGUGUAGUGGUUAGGGGAGUUGCUAAAUUUUCUACAGUGUACAGGACAACCCUCCACAGCAAAGAGUUAUCUGGCCCAAAAUGUCAGUAGUGCCAAGGCCAAGAAACCCUGAUGUAGGAGUGAUAAAUGUUGCUGUUUUUCACCCAAGGAGAUAUUUUUAAAAGAUGGAACUUAAUAAGGGAUGCAUUAUACAAUGGACGUAUUUCAGAUAGCAUUAAUGUCCUGCUGAAGCAUUCUUCCUAGUUUCAUUCAUACUAGAAAAAGAGGGGAAAAUCCAUUAAAUUGGCCUAUAAGGACUAGGUACCAAUAUUUGACUCUCAGAAAGUACUCAUUCAUAUUAAUUAUCUUUCAUAUUUUUCUGCUCCUCUGCACUGAUGAAGGCAUAAUAUGAUUAUACCUUAUGAGCCAGUGCACAGCCUUUGCUGGCAAGGCAAUAGUUUGUAACAGGUAGAUAUUUGAUCUUUGGAUUUUUCUGAUGUUGAACAUGCUGGGUCUAGCUAGAAUGCACAUUCCUUUUCCCUUGACUAAACCCUUGCAUGCUUCCUGCAAAGGACUUACCAAGUGUUAUUUCUUGGAUAAUCAAACCUAAUUUGUAUUUGUUUUAGGGAAAAAAACUUCAAAGCAAAACUUUUUACUGAAAAGUUAGUGUUCUGUUAGAAUUACGACACUAAAACAAAUUUUUGUGGUAGCCCUGAAAGCUUUGUAGUCUUGAACAUCAAAAAUUUGUUUUAAUCUUCCUUUAUCUUAUCUUUACCACAAUGAAAAUGUUUUAGUAAUUGAAGGAACAUACAGAGAAAUUUGCCAGAAGUUCAGUGAAUGGGGAAGAGUCCAUGGGUUUCAGUCAUUGUCACUGCUCUUUUCAAAAAGAUUGUGUUGAGCUAGUAGAAGACUAAAGAUGUCAUUAAAGACAUCACAGAUAUUUAUCUUUCAGCUUUGUGUACAUUAGAAAUGUUGAUUAUUUUUAUACAAAAAUACAGCGGGUAAUUUUUUUAAUCUUUAGAUGCUUGUUUGAAUGUAUGCUUUGUGGGAUUCUUUUGUGUAGUAAUGUUUUUAAAAAAGAUGUUUACUAAUAGUUAUGUGUAGGAUUAGAAUGUGUAAUACAGUGUAAGGCUCAUGUUCCAGACCUACAAUAGCUUGUAGUCAAUGUUACAUAUUUCUUUAUUUCACAUUUUUAAUUAUUGAAUUAAAGUUUCAAGGAAAGGUAGGUACUCUGUAGUCAAUUUUUGUUUAUUAGUACAGCUAAUCAUUGUGACAGAGUUAUCAUAUGCUUGACUUUCCCCCUCAUUUUUCAAUUUCAGAACACAGUAGAGGCUACACAUCAGUAAGAAAUGGUCCAACAUAUGGGGGGUAGGGACACAAAGAAAAAUCUCCUUUGAAAUUCAAACUUUAUCAUAGAUAAUCCACAAAUAGUUGAUUAUUUAGGGAUACGUCCUCUCUCCCCAGCAAUAAUGAUUACCUCCCAUAACCCCAUGAAGUAUUAACUUUGUGCUACAGUUUUGCCUUUUAUUUACUCCCUGUUCUAAUAUGAAGUUAAUAUUCAUAUUUUAUCUGCCUAGUUUUAAAUAAAUUUUUAGGUGGCUCACUGCCUAUUUUUAUUUCCUGGUGUUGAAGCACUUAAAACUGUAUGAAAUAAGUAUUGUGCCCAUGCCUUUGACUGAUUUUUGACAUAGCCAAUCCUCAUAUACCAGUGUCAAAUGAGAGACAUUUACUAAAAUACCAGUCUUAGACUGAAAUCUGUCAUUAUGUACUUAACUGAAAGCCCGUGUCUGGCACGGCAUUUAGCAUCCAAGAAAAGGGGUUUCUAUUUGAAGGCACCUUAUAUAAUCUUUAUUCUUAAAAUUAUGUUAAGAAUUCUUUAGUCUGCACCUUCUUUUUUUCAAGUGAGUUUUAUUUAGAAAUGUCUCAUUUGCUUUCAACUGGUAGUUUUUCCCAUUGAUGCAGCUGUUUCUUUCUAGAAGAUUUAACUCUUAAUUUCAAAGCCUCAUUUAUAUAUAAUGGAUAUAGAUAACACUGGGUGUCCACCUCUCCUGUGCACAGUUUUAGUAUGAUAUCUUUGGGGAAAGUGCUAUUAUUUUCAUUUUCCUUCCUGUUACUAAUUGUUUUAGCCUUUUGAUUGUGGAGAGGGAAUGACAAGCAUAAAGGGUACGCAGGAAAUUCUGACUUUGCUACCUAGGUUUGCGUUUUCUGACUUUUUUAAACUGAUGCACUCUUUUCCCACUGAGGGAAAAAAAACCUUACAAGCUUGAAAUUUUAUUUGCUUUAAGCCAUGUGUUCCUAAGAAAAUAAACAAACUGAGAGCUGGUUUGUAAAAUUAUUUUUUACAUGAUGUGGAUUUGCAUCAAGCCUUGUGUAGACAUGUGUCUGACACAGCUAUGCAGCUUUGAUAUAAGCAGUGUGAGACAGAGUGCUGUCCUAAAACUUGUCACUUUUAAGUGACAUAUAACUAUUUCCAUGAUGGUACUUUUAAUUUGCAUUGGCAUCCUCUAAGCAGACUUUUUUAAAGUCCUAGUUUAAGGGCUGACACCUAGGAGUAACGAAGGCAGAACGGAAGGAAAGAAACAUUAGUGGAGCUUGAGAAUGGGAGAGAUGCAGACAAGAGACCUGCCAUUUUGUUAGUCUAUCCCAUUUCAACACUGAACAGAUUUCUGCACUUUUGAAGUUAAUAUUCAUAUUUUAUCUGCCUAGUUUUAAAUAAAUUUUUAGGUGGCUCACUGCCUAUUUUUAUUUCCUGGUGUUGAAGCACUUAAAACUGUAUGAAAUAAGUAUUGUGCCCAUGCCUUUGACUGAUUUUUGACAUAGCCAAUCCUCAUAUACCAGUGUCAAAUGAGAGACAUUUCCUAAAAUACCAGUCUUAGACUGAAAUCUGUCAUAGUGCCCCAUAUCACUGACUUGUUCAAUUAAAUGUUACAAAAUUCCAUUAUUUGAAUUUGCAGGGUUUUGGUACCACCAUGGCACAAGUAUGGAAGGAAGGCAUAUAUAGAUUGUACAGUCCUAGGUUAUGUUUACAUGUGUGUCAACAGUUUUGGACAGAAUAAACUGUUAUAGAUGUAUGUGAAUGAUGCUGUCCUCACAGCCAUAUCAAGUGGAUGAAAUCCCUGGCUGGACACACUGUUAAACAUUUUAAAGAUGUAUUUCCAACCAGAACAACGUGGUUAUAUUUUGUGGUUUGAAGAUUCUCCCCCUAGUGACCGGCAAGAACACAUGCUGCCCAUGGGCAGCUGGCAUUGAGCAUUACCUAAAAACCGGUUUCGCUCACCCUUACUUCUCCUCAGCCACCUCCAGCCCGAAGAAAACUGCUUGAAAACUUUCUUCUUAGACCUUUGCUGAAAAUCCUUGGAAAGGAUUUUGUAGUGGGUUUAAUUUUAGGGAGGAACCUGGGGCAGGACUUUCUAAUACCUAACAGUCAUGUUUCAGUGAAAGCUUUGAGCAGUGGAAACUGGUUCACUUAUGCACAAUAUUUGUUCAGUGUUUCUUUUGCACCACAUAUGUAACUAGCUGGGCCACGCGGAAGGUUUUCUAGUGGGAAGGAUAGGGAAGUGGAGGAGGAGACAAAUAGGAGAAAAAGCAUUCCAGACCUAAGAGGAUAAUACAGUUAACUGAGUGUAGUAUAGAUACAGCUUUCAAUAGUUCAAAAUAAUAAGUAGUAAUGGUUGGAUCCCAGUUACAGCAGUAAGAUUUACAUGUAUGUAAUCACACUCAUUGUUUCAUUCUUUAUUAAGUCCUUAGGAGCAUAUUAAUAGUCCUAAUAAUACUUAAGUUAGUGAAUUUUGACUUCUGAAAGAGGUGACAACUAUCAUAGUUGGGGAAUGUCAAAAACUCAAAGGUUAAUUGUUAUAAUAGCGUUUUCAGAAUUAGGGAAUCCAUUUCAGGUAUCAUAGUUGAAUCAACCUUAUAGAUUGUUACAAAGAAAGGCAUUUUGGUAAGUUGUGUUUCAGUCUAGGAAUUGGAUGACUAAGAGCUAUACGUUUCUCUUUAUUAGUGUAGAUUUCAGUAAACACAAGCCUACCUCUGUUUCUUUGAUGCACAGUAGUGUGUGGAUCAUGAAAUGAACUGUUUAAUCCACAUUCAUCAAUAUUGAUAUUUUAGUCUAGAGCAUUUGAUUUCAUCUGAAAGAGUGUGAUUCAACUUAGAUAAGCACAAGUACAGUAUUAGGAAAACUAAAUAUGCAAUCUUACUAAAAUUUAAUUUCAAUUUAUGAGCUUAUACAUCUUUUAAAAAAUUCUUUGGGAAAAGAUUCCUGUAUUGUUAGAAGUUCGUUAAUGUGUCAUUAUAUAGUUUCCUUCAUUGCAGCAAUUCGCGCCAUUUCUUCCGUAAAAAAUGUUGAAAAUUGUAUUACCUUCUUUGGAAAAGCUUCUUAAAUUUUUAGAAAUUUAAAAGUUUUACCUAUUUUUUAGAGCUUAUUUACUUUCUAUUUUUAAAUAAUACUGUGAGAAAGCCUUUUUUGAAAGUUAUAAAGCACUAAUAGAAUUUUUAUCAUCUUAUUCCAGAGGAAAACGUUUGGCUUUUUCUGAACUUUCAUGUGAGUACACAUACAUGAAAAGGGAGUGCCCUCUUUCCUUUUCAGAUGUGAAGCCCAGUUUCUCUGAUGAAAACCUUUCUGUUCUACUCUACACAUGAACACACACCUCUUAAGUGCCAUGUUUAUGGAACCUUUUAGGAACUGUUUUCCACUACUGUUUCAUUUUUUUCCCCCUUUAUAGCUUGUGAACAUUUGUUACAGUGACAGUUUUAAUCUCAGAUGUUGGAGAAGAGGUACAUUAGAAAAUAGGUUUUUUUGUACUGCCUUUGAAAAGUACAAUUGCUCAGUGAUAUUGGUGGCAUCAGUAGGAAUCCAUAGGAAGAAAACUUGUGUAAAGGUUUUAAAAUGUAUUUAAAAGGAAUAAACAGUGAAUUUUAAUUUGGGAAGAAGAAAUUAGUAUAAAUUUUUAACUGUUAUGCUAACGUGGCAUAGUUUUAAAUAUAGGAUUAAUGAGUAAGUUCUUUUAGAUCACCUAUUUAAACUGACUUCAGUUAUCUUCUUAAAGACUGGUAGUAGCCAUCAUUUACUAGCUUAAACAGUUAUACUUUAGGGAAUUCUGUCAGUAUUAAAUCCAUGUUUUGUGGAGCUUUAAUUGAUGGAGGUGAAGAAGUUGGUGUUUAUUAGAGAGUGGGGCUGGUAGUGAAAUAACCCAUUUUAGAAAGAAGGAUCUUUACUCUUGCCUCAAGAAAACCAGAAAUGUCCAUUGCUUAAAAUCUUUGUUUAGAAUACUGUGUUAAAAGUCGUAAUUCUUUAGUUUUAGGAAUACGAAAUCUACUUCAGUAGUAAAUAAUAGAUGAAUGUAAUCAUUAAAUACGAUGAAUGAAGAUAAAACACCGUCCAGAAGACUGGGUUUUUACUUCCCGUUGGUGAAUUAGCUGUGUUUGACACCUCAGGCAGUUACUUAGCUUUUAAUAAACUGUUUCCUCUUCAGAAAAUACAGUGUGGAACCCUAUAUAAAAAUGUUUUGAUUUGGGUUUAAAUCAUUUUUAAGAUAACUCCCAGCUCUAAUACUAUGAUUCUAGAGUACUGAUGUACUUUAAAAGUUGCUCCCACUUAAUUCUCUUUUCCUGUUUAAUGGUUCAUUUCACACAACUUUCGCUAAGAGAUCAUUAUUAAGCAUCAAUUUCCUGGGUCACCUAGAAUCUUUUUUUAAGGAUUAAGGUAGAAAAUACAUACAGACAAGCAAAUGAGGACAUUUUUCUAAAUGCUUCUUGCUAGUUAACCACUGGACAUAUGACACAUACAAACAUUGUCAUUCGUAUAUUUAAUCCAUUCAUUUAGCAAGCCAUUUGAACACUUACUGUGUGUGUGUGUGUGUGUGUGUGUGUGUGUGUGGUAUAUACAUGACUUGAACUAAUAAGUAAUCAAAAUCUUCCUAAACAAAAAUUUGAUUGUAGCUUAAACAAACAUGGAUGUAAUUAUUGUUGUACUGAAUGUAACCUGGGAGUGAGUGGGAAUUUUUGAAGCACUGGGUAAAGGAUUAGACUAGAUGGUAUCUAAGGGGUUUGAAUGAAUCACAUCACAAUUCCUAAAACGUACUUCACAUACUAAACAUCAGCCAUACAUCUGAUUAGGUUAAAAAAUAAGGGUGCCUAACAUUAAGGAUUUACAUUUUGAGACUGUUGUGACAGCCCAUAUUUCUCAGAAUUAUUUUGACACUAAAUCUAUUCCAGAGGUGUGCUAAUCAGGGUGUGUGACAGAACAAUAGAGAAAAGUUGGUGCUGACUUAACUAUUUUUUAAGUACCAAAGCUCUACGUCCAGUACUGACAGUGAAGUAACUUUCUGAAACUGAAAAAUCUCAAAGGAGAUCCACUGAACAGGUUUAUUUUGUUUUGUUUUUAAAGCAAGAAAGAUUACACAAAUUUUGUUAUUACAGUAUCUAUUUUAGAAAGCACACAAAAGUUAAUUACAUAGUAAAAGCGUUUCCUUUAAAAUGCAGAAAAACAGUUCCAUGCUUGAAUUGACAAGUAUUUGGAGAGUAAACAUUGAGUGGGAUUUAUUAAUUGGGUAAAAAGUUCCCUUACCGACAGGGUAUUCUAUGAAUUACACUGUAAUUCCUCCUACUGACCCAGCUUUACAUAACAUCACUUGAUACUGAUAUUCUCCAUCAAGAUACAAAAUAAUAGUCACACCCUUUUAAAGCAGGAAAAUGUCCAAGUCCAUGUUAGAUUAGAAUCUAUACCAGACUUUGAAAAUAGGAACACUGGCAUCCAAGUAAUCAGAAGUCAAGGUUUUUAAAAAUUUUCUAUGGUACUGGUUAAUUUGUUUAACUUUUAAAAUGUUUAAAUUUUCCUAAUUUUUCAAAUAUUUUAUACUGUUAAAAUAUCUAUUACAUAUUUUCUGUGUAAGUAUUCUUAUAUUUUAGAAAGCUAAUGGAGUGUGCAAAGAUGGUAUAAUUUUGGAUGUUUAACUAGAUUCCCAAUCACCUCAUUCAAAAGCUUGGUCUUUUUUUUUUUUUCAGUAGGACAAAAAACUCAAAAACUAUCCUCAUAUUAAGGAGUGAGCUUGUGGAGAAGGUUGGAGUUGUAGACAGCAGCGUGUAAGGUGGAUACUGACAACAUAGGCAGGCAUUUCAAACCUCUUAGUGCUUUCUGUCUUCUUGGUU